CCCCCCCACCCCCCCCCCCUGAUCUCCUUAAUUCCUUUUUCUUCUGGUCUCCUGACAAUGCGGCACCCUGUACUUUACUACCUCCCCUGAUCGCAUCAUGUUUCUUUCGUCCGACCCUGACGGUGAGACCCUGGGUCCAUCUGUCAGUAUCAGCCGUGGGCCGGACCCCGGCCCAGUCUCCCAGGACAAUAAAUCGCACUACUUUAGCACCGCCAUCGAAGUGGGAACCAUCGAACAACAACACCAUCAUGAAUUGGGCUCGCGAGGGGAUCGGUCAUCACCAAAGGGAUUCGAACUGCAAGACUUAGGCCCUAAAUUGAACAGUGACGACAAGAACUCCGCCACAGUAACCGACAGACUCCUCGGAGACGACGAGAUGAGCACCACGAUCUCGACGAUGGCCUCGCAUCCGCUGUUCCCGCCACUACCCACUUAUGGACCGCCCUCCUUGGUCCUAGCGCUGAAAUGUCUUCUGAUCCGCUGCGUCUCCUUCGUUCUUUCGCUCCUGUUUCUGGGUACGGUCAUGGUCGCAGCCAUCGUGCACACCGUGGUCAAUGCCAUCAUCUCGCCUUCUCACCGCAGUCGACGUGGCCCGGAAUCUAGCGAGGGGCGCAAAUUCUCCGCAGAAGAGCGGUCACGGCGCACGGAGCGGAUUAAGGCGCUGCGGCGCUGGAGUUCUCGACAGGAGAAGGAGGUCAACGAGGAAGGGCUGGAUGAAUGUCCACCGUUGGAGGGUGGCAAGGAUCCCAUCGUCUGUGACGUGGCGUACUAUGCCCGUCGCGUUGGCUUAGACGUUGAGACAUUCAAAGUACAGACGGAAGACGGUUUCAUUCUUACGCUAUGGCAUGUCUAUAAUCCGCAAGAGUACACUCCUUUGCCGGCCAAAGACCGUCGACAUCGCGGACCGGACGUGUUUACGGGCAACACGAACCCUGAGGCCUCGAAGCGUUCUACGCCUCGCAAGUAUCCCGUCCUCCUGAUGCACGGGUUGCUUCAAAGUGCCGGGGCUUUCUGUGCCAAUGACGACGACAGUCUUGCGUUCUUUCUUUGCAAAUCUGGCUAUGACGUCUGGCUGGGCAACAACCGGUGCGGUAUGACGCCUGAGCACACCACUCUCCUUGAGACGGACCCACGCAUGUGGUCGUGGAACAUCCAGCAGAUGGGCGUGCUCGACCUGCCGGCGCUCAUCUCGCGCGUCCUUUACGAGACUGGCUUUGAGAAGUUGGGCCUGGCGUGCCACUCCCAGGGCACUGCGGAGACCUUCAUUGCCCUUGCGAAAGACCAGCGACCCGAGUUGGGAGAGCAUAUUUCAGUCUUUUGCGCUUUGGCCCCGGCGGUGUACGCGGGCCCACUGAUCAACAAAGUGUGUCUGAGGUUCAUGCGUAUCAUCCCGCCACUCAUCUUCCGCGCCUUCUUUGGCAUCCACUCGUUUAUCCCGUUCAUGAUGACCGUCCAUCGCCGUCUACAUCCCCGCAUCUACGGCGCCCUCGGCUACUAUGUUUUCUCGUUCCUGUUCGGCUGGAACGACGCCCGCUGGGACCGCGCUCUUCGCGACCGAAUGUUCCAGUUCGCACCAGUCUAUGUCAGCGCAGAGACGAUGCGGUGGUGGCUCGGACACGGAUGUUUCGCAAACCAUAAAUGCAUUCUCGCGACGGAGGAGUCGACGCUGACCGAGAUGGAAGAGGACCUUCGCCACAGCAACGAGUCGCCCCCGCCUCGCCGCGAUACCGCAUGGUACGGACCCCAGGUUCCCCCGAUGGCCUUGUGGAUCGCCGGCUCGGACAACCUCGUCGACGGACAGCAAUUUCUGCAGCGGUUGCAGAAGGGCCGUGAACCGCACGUCCGCCUGGUGCACGCCAAGAUCAUCGAAGAGUACGAGCACCUGGAUGUCUUAUGGGCCAUGGAUGCCGUCGACCAGGUGGGACAAGAGGUGCGGCAGGUGUUGUGGCAGACAAUGCCGGAGGAGGCGCGGGCGGUGUGUCGUGUGCCUCGUGGCGUGGAAUAAGGUGGUUGACAGAGGGUUGUAUAUACACGACGCGGACCCUGUACAUAUUUAGAUUUGUUCUGUAUCCUUAGACACGAGACACGACCAUAGACAUAUUAAUUAAG